GGGCCCGGCGCGGGUCAAUUGGCCCGGACGGUACCGAGUGGUACUGGGAUGCGGCUGCCGGCGGCGAUCCGGGACCGCGUGGCCGCGGUGCACCGGGGCUCGGCGCUGCCCGAACGGCUGCGGCUCUACGACGGCUGGGCCGCCCGCUACGAGCAGGAUGUGGCGGCUCUGGAGUACCGGGCACCGCAUCUCGCCGCCGCCUCGCUCGCCUUCGCCUUCCCCGAGCCGCGUGCGGGGGCGCGGCUGCUCGACGUGGCCUGUGGCACCGGGCUCGUAGCGCGGGAGCUCCACCGGCGCGGGUUCCGCUGCCUGCACGGCGUGGACGGCAGCGCGGGGAUGCUGGAGCAGGCACGGAGCACCGGGCUCUACCAGGAACUGCGGCUGUGCGUCCUGGGCAGGGAGCCGCUGCCCGCGCCCGCAGAGCACUACGACGCCGUGACGGUGGUGGGGGCCCUGGGCGAGGGGCAGGUGCCGAACACGGUGCUGCCGGAGCUGCUGCGGGUCACCAAGCCGGGCGGUUUCCUGUGCCUGACAACGAGAAGCAACCCCUCAAACCUGCGGUACAAGGUGGAGCUGGAGGCAGCUCUGGGGCAGCUGGAACAGAGAGGAGCCUGGCAGAAGCUGCUGGCCCAGGAAGUGGAGUACUGGGAGAGGGCCACCACCGAGGAGGAGAGCACCCAGGGCACUGGCUACAUCUCUGGGGUGGUCUACAUCUACCAGAAGAGCCCUGUUCCCAACCUCGAGGAGGGCUGAGAGCUAGCAUGGCUCUGGAUGGGGGGUGAGCACUUGACCUAUUAUAAAACUGAGCCCAGCUGACCCCCUCUUGCAGCAGGGCAGCUGCUGGGGGUGACAGUAUUCAGGGGGAAUUUCCCCAAACCCUUCCUCGGUUCCUUCUCACUGAGGUCUGGGCUUGGGGCCCUUUUCUGCUCCUCAGCAUGGGAAGGGUCUCCUGGAUUCACCAGGGUCUCCUGGGUGCCACCUUUAGCCCUGACAUUUAGGUAUUGACCCAAACACCUCAACAUUCACCGUGACAUCUCACAGACCCACAUGGCCUUUCCAAGGCAUGUCCAAUCUGGGGUGUCUUCUCCCCACCUCACCCAUCUCAUCAGUCAUGUUCAAAAUCUGGAUCCUUCUUCAUGUCCUACCCCCAGAGUCUUUAGCUGAGGACUGCUGAAGGUGGGUCCCCACCACUGUGUCCUGUGGCCUCCCAUCCUCAUCCUCCCUAGGGACUGAGCCAGCCCUGAGGUGCCAGAGCCUCCACAUCCAGAGUCAAAGCAGCAGUGCCAAGGUGACUCCCAGCUGGAGAGGCUUUCCAAGUGCCACAUCUGCCUUGCAUCCCACAACAGCUGCUUGAAUCUCAUUUUCCCACAGCUUUGUAGUUAAUGUUCAGGGAGGGGAAAUGAGUUUGGAAGGGAUUUGGGGAGCUGGCAACUGCUCCCCACCCAGGAGCCAUCCAGCACAGCCUGCCUAGCCUGUUUCUCCAGCCCCUUGCUGGGCUGCCUUCACAAUUCCUCCUCCACUGCUCCCUUGGGAAGGUUUUUACCCAAAUCUCUUCCUGGAAUAUUUGGAGUUUUUUUCAUUUUUCCCUUCCCUCAGACCUGUUCCUGCUUAUCCUGUUCCCAUGUUCCUGGAGAAGAGGUUGCAUCCUUCCCCUCAGGAGCUGUUCCUCAGUGUGAGGAAGUGGCUGUGUCUGUCCCUGUUCCUCACCCAGGACAUCCCACAUCUUCCACACUUGCCCUCCUCAUGGCUCUUGUCACCCUUCUGCUUUGUCCCCCAUGUUUUGGGUCCCUGUGCCCAUCAGUAGCUGUCCUGCUGCUCCCUCCCCAUUUGUCUUCAACACUGUCCCCUGGGGCAGCUGGGAGUUGUGGCUGUUCCCAGCCCUGCACUUGCCUGUUCAAUAAAUCCCUGUCCCUGCUGACUA